AUGACGGAUGCUAGUGGAGAUAUAGCCCUGCACAAGGCUGUGCGGAGCCAACAUCUAGAUGUGGUUAAGUUCUUGGUGAAAGAAGAUCCUGAAUUUGAAUUUCCGCCUAACCAUGCGCAGGAGACACCACUCUAUCUGGCGGCUGAAUCUGGUUUUCAUGAUGCUUUGAUUAUCAUCUUGAAAUCCUGCAAGAAACCAACUUAUGCUGCAGGUCCAUCUAAUCGAACGUCGCUGCAUGCAGCAGUAAUUCAGGAACAUAGAGAUUGCAUUAGAUCACUCUGGCGAUGGAAUAAGCCUUUAUGCGAGGAACCUGACUUAUGGGGUUGGAAUUCACUGCACUAUGAUGUUAAAUUAGGAAUGGAAGACGUAUUUUCUGAUAUACUGGUGUGGAAAAAAUCCUUAGUGUACCUUCCGGCAGGCAGUGAAAAUGACUGGACGACAGUAAUUCACAUUGCAGCCAGUGAAGGUGAUGUAGACAUGAUCAUUGAGCUAUUAAAUCACUGCCCUAAUUGUUGGGAUAUGCUUAAAAGCAACAAUCAAAAUGCUCUUCAUGUUGCUGUAUUGAACAAUCAAGACAAGGUAGUCCGCUUCUUAUUAGACUCUGAUAAGUACGACAACCUUAUUGAUGAGCCAGAUAGUGACGGCAACACUCCUCUCCAUUUGCUUGCUGCCUCUGGUAACCAUAUGCCUAAAUUAAUAAAACAUCCUAGAGCAAAAAGGACGUUGUUUAAAAAACAAAACCAGACUCCACUUGAUAUAGCAUUGUCAUGCAAAGCGACAACAAAGAACGAGAAAUUGGGGCGGGAUUUGUGUAGAAUUGGCCUAUUUGUAAAACAUGACUUUGAGCUAAAGCGGAAGUACAGGCCACUGAGGGAAGAUGAUCACGAUAAAGCUAAUAAGGCAGAUCAAACAGAAGUCGAAAAUAUUAUGAAGUCAGCUCAAAUGCAUGUUGUUGUGGCCACUUUGAUAAUGACGAUCACUUUGAUAAAGAGAUUUGGAAGCUCAUCACUGGAGUUUGGUUCACAAUAA